AUGCAAGAUUCUCUUCCAAUCGAGGUUCCCAUCGUCCCCAGGAAGGGCAAGGAACGCGAGCCCGCCCAACCGACUGACAUCGCCCAGAGGAUAGUCGCCCUACAGCGACGGCGCGCAGCUUCGUCUCGUCCAAGAGAAAAGGCCGAGCGGUCCUCCCAACCGUCUUCCACUGCUCGUACGCCACCGCCUCGCCCACCGUCACCCCGGAAGCUGCACGCACCCCCGCUUCCGAAUCCCAACAUCAUCGUAUCGCAGCCAUCUCCACUGCAUAUGGAGGCCGACGCUGACGAAUUCUCCCGCCGCCUCAAGAUCUCAGCGGCUUCCUCCCGUGCCUCACAUUCAAAACCACACCAUGCGAGCCCAGUAGGAGGAAGCAGCCCGAGCAGGGUGUUGUACAACCCGAACGCGGACCCGAUUCGCAAACCGGUCAUUCUAACCGCGGAACCGGACACUAUGUCGGACGGCGGUUCGAGUUCGUACGCGCCUCGCGGACCUCCCGGACCCCCGCCGCAACGGACGCACCAGCAGGGGCAGCAGGUGCGGACUGCGGGUGACGGACAUCGACAGCUAUUCGACCACAGAAAGGACGAUCCUGUCCGGUUCUCCGUCCUUGCGCGUCCGCACGCGUCCCCGAAUGGGGCGAACCAGAGCGCAGUGCUAGGCCGACCGACUCCAACGCCCAAGUCUUCUGGAGACUACGUUUCCGCGUCUUCGACAUCGUCUGCCUCUUACGCUCAGUCGUCUAUCUCUUCUAAUUUUACGUUGUCUUCUGCCACUACGGACACGUCCUCUGCAGCCUCUGCGCUAUUCGACUCUGCGAAUGCGAACGGUCACGGGCGACGUUCGGAGGAUAGCGCGAGCGGGGCGAAUGCGUUCUCUACGCAGCUGAAGAAAUUGUACCGUGCGAUCAGUGCGCUUGAACAUCGGAUCAUGGGGGAAGACCGAGAUCGAGAUGAGGAAGGUGAGCGAGAAGGCCAAAGGAUAGGCGUGUUGAUAAAGGGGCGUGCCGGCACUACCGGAGGAAGCGAGGUGAAGGGCGGGGACGAAGAGGCAGAGCGGUGGCGGAGGCUACUUGUGGAUCACAAAGAGCUGGCGGAAAAGAUGCACAAUCUCCUGCAACUUACACUUGCGCCUGCGGUACCUUCCUCACUCCGUGACAUCCCGACCAAGUACAACAUUAUUAUGCGCCUUUGGACGACUGCGUUCAAUCGUCUCCUGCAGUCCCUCCGUCGCGCUUCGAUGCCGCCUGUAAGUUCGGAAAUUGCGCGAGAAUAUCUCGAGGAUUUCAUUUACUACGCGUACACGUUCUACACAGGGCUUCUCGAGGAGCACAAUCUCGCCGAGUUUCGUGCCGGUUGGGUCGAGGCACUCGGUGACCUCGCCCGCUACCGUAUGACGAUGAGCACAUCUAUGGCUCCUCGGGGCCGUGGUGGUCGGCUCACCGUUUCUGCAAUUGCAGCGAGCCAUUCUCUUGACACUCCCCGGCCUGCUACACCGAACGCGUCCGCGCUUUCUGACCAUCCGGAGAUUCCCUCGGCUAAGCGUGCCUCGCCGACGCCCGCAGCGCGCAUCGAUGACUCACCGUCAUCCUCGCAACUGAAUGACGGGCCGAAUGCUAACGCCAACGUCAACGUACCCAGUGUUGGCCUUGCCGCGGCACGUAUGAUGGAGAUGGAGCCGGAGAAGGAGCAAUGGCGGAUGAUCGCUAGGGACUGGUACGCUCGCGGACUUGCGACGAUGCCUGGUGCGGGAAAACUCCACCACCACCUUGGACUCCUCAGCAGGGACAGGGACGGUGGCGGGGAGGAUUUCCGUGGCGUCUACCAUUUCGUGAAGAGCAUGAUCACACUGCAUCCGUUUUCGACUUCUCGAGAGUCUGUUCUCCCGCUCUGGUCACCAUGUGCGCAGGCGAGCCGUCAAGCGCCUGAUGCGACACUCGUGGAUCAAUUUGUGUUGUUGCACGGGAUGCUCUUCACGAAUGUCCAGCUCGACGACUUCAAAGGAGUUCAGGAGCGCUUCCAUGAAAAGCUACAGAUCGAAGGUGGUGCAGUCGUGGAGGAGCGCGAGUGGAUCAUGAUGGCUGUCCUGAACAUCGGCUCUCUUCUCGAGUACGGCCGGCCAAACGCUGCACUCCGUCGUGUCACAGGCAUUGGCGGCCCCACGGGGUUAUUGGUAGGCGGUCGCGUGAAGCUGAUGUCCAAGAAGGCGGAGGUAGACGAGAAGAAGAUGGACGUUGAUGACGAGGACAUCGACCGUUUUCCGAUGCACGUGUCGCCCAUACUCGACGAUGCAGCGGCAAGCACCGAGCCCGAGAUCCCUCCAUCCCUCAAGCUUGCUAUGCAGCUGGCCUUCUCGAUACUCACCCAUACGCUGCGGAAGCCCACACGCAGACCCUCGCCAUUCGCGCGCUCAAAAUUGAACCCCUAUAUCACAAUCAUCCUCACGUUCCUCGCGACCGUGUUGAAAGACCGCGAUGCCCUUGCCGUACUCGAGCGGGCGAUCCCCUGGACGGAACUCGCCGCGUUUCUGAACACUAUCCCGCGUCGGCUGCUUUUACGUGAACAGCAGAAGGAGCGGGAGGGCGUUGGUAUGCUUCUGUCGAGCGGUUGUGCGCCUCUCCCGGAGGACUGGUGCCUCCGAGGUUUGGGCUGGGGCGGGAAGAAGGUCUACGAGCGCGGGUUCUGGGGCAAGGACACUGCCAGUUCUGCUGCGGAUGAGGAAAACCAGGAGCUGAAGGUACUCGACUUCGCCGAGGGUGGCGACCAGGCCACGGACGGCAUCAUCGAGGACGGCGACGACGACGCGCAGAGCUCGGAGGCGAACCACGAGACGCUCAAGCGCUGGGUGCGGAUAGCGCGCUCGGGCUUGAAGAUUGCGCGGUAUGUGAAUGGUUUCGAGUAUGUUCCUGCGACCAACGCGGAUGGCCGAGGCCAGUGGAAGGUCCAAGGCAUUCUUGCGGCGAAGGUGGAGAAGUGGAAAGAGGAGGAGCGACUUGAGCGCGAGGAGCAUGAGCAACGACUCCGAGGUAGGCGCUGGGGAGACGAGCCCAUGGAUGUCGACGACGACAAUGGUAACGUUGUAGGAGAGGAGACCGAUGAGAGUGAUGACGACGACGACGACUCGGCGGAGGUCAAAGCGCUAAAGGCCCGCCGGCGAUACUUGAAGAGUCUCCUUCAAGCAUCGAAGUGGGGUGUUACGCCCUCAUCUCCGCCAAAACGCCGUGUUCGGCCUGCUACCAGAAAACCGGUGCACACGCGGCCAUCACUACACUUGGUGCCCGGGUACACAAUCCUCGUUUUCGACACGAACAUCUUACUAUCAUCUCUUGCCAUGUUCUCUGCGCUUGUUGAGAGUUCCAGGUGGACCGUCAUUGUGCCACUCCCAGUGGUCAUGGAGCUCGAAGGGCUCGGGUCGAAUUCCUCUCCUCUUGGGGAAGCCGCGAAUCACGCAAUGGCGUACAUCACCUCCCACGUCCGUUCCCAUUCCACUUCGAUGAAGGUCCAAACAUCGAAGGGCAACUACCUCUCGUCAUUGAAUGUGCGCACAGAGCAAGUGGAGUUCAGUGCAGACGAAGCCUCCUGGGAGCGAAAUAUGGAUGACCUGAUCCUCCGUGCCGCCAUCUGGCAGGACGAGCAUUGGGUUGACCGGUCGGCGCUCCUGAAAUCCGACAACGCCAAUCGUAAUACGACAGGUGCCGCGAAGGUUGUUUUACUCAGCUUCGACCGCAUGCUGCGACUUAAGGCUCGUUCUCGACAGCUUGCUGCUGCGAACGAACAGGAUCUGGCGGUUAUCCUCACUCCAGGGACAUAG